AGACAGCGCAACCCCGUCUACAAAAACGUGACGCAACCAGUGCGUUUAACGUAAGAAACCUGCGACACCGUGACCGGAAGGCGCUGGUUUGUUUUUGUCUGAGUGAGAAGCUUUGCUGUGUUACCUGUUGUCACUAGAUGAAAAAACAUGAUUCACGAGCUGUUGUUGGCGCUGAGUAGAUACCCAGGUGCAAUCUUCUCAUGGAACAAACGAACAGGUCUACAGGUGUCCCAGGACCUGCCCUUCCUUCACCCCAGUGAGACCAGUGUCCUGAACCGGCUGUGUAAACUGGGCUCAGAUUACAUACGCUUCACUGAGUUUAUAGAGCAACACACCGGCCAUGUUCACCAGCAGGAGCACCACAUGAACCCGCUGAACCAGACGGGACUUCAUGGAAUUUAUUUGCGGGCAUUUUGCACUGGUCUGGACUCAAUGUUGCAGCCGUACAGACAGGCCCUGCUGGACCUGGAGCAGGAGUUCCUGGGAGAUCCACACUUGACAAUAUCUCACGUAAAUUACAAGGUUGAUGAGUUUCAGUUGCUGUUCCCCUCUGUUAUGGUGGUGGUGGAGACCAUAAAAUCACAGAAGAUCCACGGCUGUCAGAUCCUGGAGACAGUUUACAAACACAGCUGCGGGGGUCUCCCUCCUGUACGCAUGGCUCUAGAAAAGAUUCUGGCUGCGUGUCAUGGUGUGAUGUACAAGCAGUUAGCAGCAUGGAUGCUCCACGGAUUGCUGCUGGAUCAAAGUGAGGAGUUCUUCAUAAAGCAGGGUCCCAGUGCAGGAGGUGCUGCUGCCAGCCAGGACGAGGAGGAGGAGGACCUGGGUCUGGGAGGUUUAAGUGGCAAGCAGCUCAGAGAAUUACAGGACCUGAGGCUGAUCGAGGAGGAGAACAUGCUGGCUCCAUCACUCCAGCAGUUCUCUCUGCGAACAGAGAUGCUGCCAUCUUAUAUCCCCAUCAGGGUGGCUGAGAAGAUCCUGUUUGUUGGAGAAUCUGUUCAAAUGUUUGAAAAUCACAACCACAGCCCGUCCAGAGCCGGCUCCAUAUUAAAGCACCAGGAGGACCUUUUUGCUGCUGAGCUACACAGACUCAAACAGCAGCCGCUGUUCAGCCUGGUGGACUUUGAGAAUUUAAUCGAUCGAAUCAGGAGCACAGUGGCAGAGCACCUGUGGACGUUGAUGGUGGAGGAGGCAAAUCUGCUGGAACAGCUCAAGAUCGUUAAGGAUUUCUACCUGCUGGGUCGUGGCGAGCUCUAUCAGGUGUUCAUUGACCUUGCUCAGCACAUGUUGAAGACUCCUCCAACAGCAGUCACCGAGCACGACGUGAACGUGGCGUUCCAGCAGGCUGCUCAUAAGGUGCUGCUGGACGACGACAACCUGCUGCCUCUGCUGCAUCUAACUGUGGACUACCAGGGCAAAGAGAGCAAAGAGGCGUCAGGCCCCAGAGACGGGGCCACUCCUCCUCAGGACACCUCCCCUCGUGAGGUUCCUCCCACCGGCUGGGCGGCUCUCGGCCUCACCUACAAGGUUCAGUGGCCGCUGCACAUCCUCUUCACUCCUGCCGUUCUGGAGAAGUACAAUGUGGUGUUCAGGUACCUGCUGAGCGUGCGGCGGGUGCAGUCACAGCUGCAGCACUGCUGGGCGCUGCAGAUGCAGAGGAAACACCUGUCUAGUCAGACGGACGCUGUGAAGUGGAGACUCAGGAACCACAUGGCGUUCCUGAUCGACAACCUGCAGUACUACUUACAGGUGGACGUUCUAGAGUCUCAGUUCUCUCAGCUGCUGCAGCAGAUCAACUCCACCAGAGACUUUGAGAGCAUCCGAUUGGCCCACGAUCACUUCCUCAGCAACCUGCUGGCCCAGUCCUUCAUCCUCCUGAAACCGGUGUUCCACUGUCUGAAUGAGAUCCUGGAGCUGUGUCAGAACUUCUGCUCUCUGGCGAGUCAGAAUGUGGCUUCACUAGAUGAAAGAGGAACUGCUCAGCUGGACCUGCUGGUAAAGGGUUUUAGACGCCAGUCGUCCCUGCUGUUCAAAAUCCUCUCAAGUGUGAGGAACCAUCAGAUCAACUCGGACCUGGCUCAGCUGUUACUGCGUCUGGACUACAACAAAUACUACACACAAGCUGGGGGCACUUUGGGCGGUGUCUAAGAGGAGCAGAAAGGAUGAAGAUCUGACCAUCAGCAGAAGCCGCGUGUUUCUCCAAUUCACUGCUGCAUGCCUACUGAGACUAAACACCCACACUUCCUCUCAUUUACUCAAGCCCAGAGCUUCCUAUGGAACUCGUAGCUUUUAAGGUCCUGAUAAAUAAACCCAUCUGACUCAUCUGAA